UGGAAACACUAACACUAAACAUGGCGGAUUUACUCCUGCUGUGAGGAAAAACUAAUUUUCAGAAGAUAUUUUGCCAAGAAGCGGAAAGCCAAAACAAGCAAGGUGUUAUUCAUAAAUAAGGUGAAAUGGACGUUCAAGACAGGGAAUGUCCAUCUGAUGAGGCGUCAGAAAGGUGUGGACUGCUGGGUGUCACCACUACUGAGGACAAUGAGGAUGGUCCGGCCCAGGAUACAUUUAAAGAUGAAGAGCCAGUCCUUCCUCCUGAUUUAAAGUGGAUAGAUGAGUUGUAUGAAGAGGACGAUGGUGAUGGUGACGGUGUUAGUGACCUUGCGGCUGUGGCCGUCAAUAGUAACAAGAGGAGUUAUGCCGAGACAGCACGGAUGUUCAAGCUGAGACGAAACCUGGACCAGCUGGACUGCUUUCACCAACAGAAGGAGCAUGACGUGCUGAGAGCCAGAGAAGAGCUUAAACUCUGUCGUCAGAAUAUUGAAAGUUUGGUGGAGCAGAGGGAGAACUUGGAGAAAGAGAUGGAGCAACAGAGAGCAGCAGACAACAGUGUGGCAGUUUUUCGUCUGCGAGCCCAGCAUAAGCAUCUGUGUCAAAAGCUGCAGAGUGAGGAGGAGCUGGAGGGCCAUAUCAACACUGAGCUCAAGCAACAAGAACUGGAGCUGAGCGAGGUGGAAGUGGAGCUUGGCAGGUUCUCCUCGCUCCGGCAGGAGGUGCACGAGGAGGAGCGGGUCUUCCAGGUCCUCAAGGCCCAGAAGGCAGCGACAAGGGUGCAGCAGGAAAGGAAAGCCAGCCAGAACCUGCAGCUCAAGAUGCAGCAUCGUAUGGAUAAACAGGCAGCCAUGCUGAAGAAAGAGGAGGCUGAAUGUCAGAAGAAAAUUGAAGAGGGCCAGGCGAGCCGCAAGAUAGCUGCCAAGUACUUGAAAGAGACCAUUAAAAGGAUGCAUCAGCAAGAAGCUGAGAAGGAGCAACACAACAGGAAAAUAGUGGAAAAGAGGAUACAGGCUGUCAAGUCACUGAAAUCUAACAUAGCAGCGACCCAAGAGAGCUUACGGGUCCAGCAAAGCAGAGCCAAAGCAAACUCCCAGAAGAAAGAGCAGCGACAGAGACAGCUGAGAGAAUCCCUUCAGGCCCAAGGAAUCAACAGUAUCAAGCAUAUGUACCAACAGAAACAGCUAGAGGAAACAAAACGAAAACAAGAAGAAUUUGAGGAGAGGCAGAAGUCAAAGAGAGCAGAGAUUGUGGCAAAUAUCCAUCAUGAGGAACAGCUGGUUAAAAGCAGAAAGAAGCACCAGGCAGUGCAGCCUAAACCUUCAACCACUGACAAGUUCCCAUCUCUGGGGAGAACAAGAGAGAAGCUCCUGCACUACCUGGAUCCCAGCCUCCCAUUAGCCACCGAGGAGACAGCCACUGUCUUCAGACACUUUAGUGACAUCAGCAGCUCGUCGUCGGCUUCCUCUGAUGCUGAGGACCUGGAUGAGUCCACGCACCAGGAAGUAGACCACCAGAGCCUUGUUGACAGCCUGGCUGAGCCUGAGUUCUCUGGGCUGUGGGACCAGAACUACAAGGUCCUGAAGGAGGAGAUGACAUUGGUGCAGACAGAAGUAAAGCAGGAAGAACUUGCAAUGUCCAGUGGAAAGCUCAACAUUCCUCCUAUAAAGGAUCAUGGAAAAGAGUUGAAAGGGCCUCCAUUCAUCAGUAAACCAGAGAUCAUCCUCUUCAAGGACUUUGAAGUGGGGAAAAUAUAUAAGAAGAAAAUUGUCCUGACUAACAUCAGCUACAUCACCAACUACUGCAAGCUUCUUGGCGUUUCUGCCCAGCUGAAGGAUUUUAUCUCCAUCAACUUUGAGCCUCCUGGUGCUUUAUCUACUGGGAUGUCAUGUGACGUGCAUGCUGUUUUUCAACCUAUGAUCAAUGAGGACCUUGAAGGAGAGGUCCAGUUUGCAUCAGCAGUGGGUCCCUUCUCCGUACCCGUCACAUGCACCAUAAAGAAAUGUGAUCUCGAGGUUGACAGCCAAUUCAUUGACUUUGGUUCGCACGUCGUGGGCCAGACUAUUUCAUGGACUAUCACCUUGACCAACAAGGGUUCACUGGCCACCCUCUUCAGCCUGGACACCUCCACAUGUCUCAGUCCAGAAACUAGCCAUGUCCAGAUGGCAUCCCAGGUCUCUGCCAACACGUGCCAGGAGACAAGCAUUCAAAACACAACAUCUGACGCCCGGAGCAGCUCUGUGUCCAUGGGCACCGCAGAAGUCCAGCCCAAACAAGAGAGUCAGAAGCUCUCUGAAGUAUCGCAGCAAGAGCAUCCAGCAGAGUCAGAGGCUUCAGCUCCAGGUGCAGAAGCUGCUCCUGAGACUUGUGUGUCCGCUGAUGUGGAGCCCCAGAUGGACCAGAACCACUCAGACUUUGGUGAUAUAAGUCUAGGAAAUGUCAGAGAGGGGGAGAUUGGACCUUUUGAAAGCAUCAGACUGGAGGUUGUAUUCACUCCAACCAUUCCAGGAGUGGCCAAACUGGACUUCAACAUCAAAUUCUCCGACUUAACCAGCAAACCAAUACCCAUCCAGGUGAGGGGUGUGGCAGUCAGCGUCCCUGUUUGGGUGGUUCAGCCCAGUGUUGACCUGAAGAUCUGCAUGUUUGACCGCCUCUAUCAGGACAGUAUCGUGGUCCAAAGCAGAGCCAACACAGCCCUGAAGCUGACCUUUGAGGUGUGCCCGGAAAUGAGGAAACACAUGGAGAUCCUUCCAAAGACGGGUUUCAUCCAGGCUCAAUCAAGCUUUAAUGCCCAACUCAAAUUCCUUCCGAGAAGCUCCUUAGCCAAAGAUGCCAAAGAGCUUUUUGACAGAGAUACAAGAGUCCUGGAGGUUCCAAUGACAAUGCAAGUAGCAGGCCAGGUGAAGCCGGUUCAUUUCACUGUCCAAGCAGUUGUGACCUCGUCAGACCUGCAGUUUGACCAGCUUGAGGUGGACUUUGGCUUCUGUUCUAUUUACCAGUCUGUCAAGAGCAGCGUCCGCCUCACCAACCUGUCCCUGCUGCCUCAGGACUUCGGCUUCUUGGCUGUUCCAGAGUUUAUUGAGGUCCAGCCUAAUGAUGGUUUUGGCACUCUGCUCCCACAAGAGACCCUGGAGAUUGAUCUGAUUUUCAGUGCCAACAAGGCCAAAGAGUACAAUUUCCAGCUCAGCUGCAAAUCAGAUGUGAACAGAGAUUUCCCUCUGUCUUGCCGAGCCGUGGGUGUCCAUCCUCCGCUGGAGCUCUCCCAUUCUGUGGUCCAGUUUGGGGCCACAGCAGUAGGUGAUCACUCCACUGCCAUUCUUUACCUGAGCAACCAUGAAACCAACCAUAACAAGUCCAAACAACCAAUCCCUUCGCUGGUCAAGGACACCAUGGGUCCUGCAGCACCGAGGCUGUUCUGCUUCACCCUCCCUACAGACUCAGAAAUCAGCAUCACUCCUUCAGCGGGCAGCCUACUGCCAGGAGAGAGAUGUCUGGUCCAAGUGACGUUCAGGCCGAGACUGUUAGAGCAGGACAUCAAAGAGGAGGCGCUGCGCCUCCUCCACCGAGCCAAGUUGCUCCGUAAAAAGGAGUUGGAGAGGACCAGAAAUGCUGAACAGGAGACUAAAAAGGAGGCGCCAGUGGAAACCAGUAAAGGAAAGAAGGCAUCUGUGAUUCCAAAGAACAGCAAGGUGUCAGAUGAGCCAAAGACAGACGAGCUGACUGAAUCAACAAAUCCUUCUGACAUACAGCCGGGGUCAGAGCAAUAUGAGGAGGCCAGAGCCUCUCUGCUGUACUCCUUCACCCAGCGCUGCAGCGAGUACACUGUCCCCUGCUUUGUGUCCAACCCUACAGAAGAAGACCGCCAGGCCCAGCCAGCAUGGAGUCCCUUCAACACUCUGUCCCUGAAGCUGCAAUGUCCUGCUGUACAGCCCCCUCUAGUGGUCACAUCCAACAAUGGACACAAUAUUAUAGACUUCCAUCAGGUUGCAGUGGGAGAAAAAGUGACCAGGAGGUUUACAGUUCUGAACAUUUCGAAGGAAUCCUUGGAUCUGAGGUCAUCGGUGCUGAAUGUACACGGUCCUUUUUCCCUUCUGAAUGCUCUCAGAUGCAUAAGACCCGGAGAAAAGCACACUCUGGUUGUGGCCUUCAGUCCACCUCUGGAGAAAAAGUACUGUGAGACUCUAGAGGUGCGGAGCCAGAAGAUGACCCUGGAGAUGACUCUGUGUGGGAAGGGUGUGGUCCCUGCUGUCACCUCCUCCCACCCUGGAGGUCUCCUUGACUUUGGCUAUGUGUUGGAGAAGGAGAGCACCUCACAGAUCCUGAAGCUGCAGAAUAGCUCAGCAGUAGCAGUGGGUUUCAGGACGCUGCUGGCCAGCCUCUGUCCCUCAAGGCCCCAGGGUGGAGCUGACAGGGUGGCCGCCCUGCUGGGCAGUUACACAGACUCUCAGAUCCGACCUGCUGUGGGAACGCAGAACUACACUGGGCUGUGUGUGUUCAGUGUGGUGCCAGCAGAGGGCAGCAUUGCUCCUGGACAGAGCCAGGACAUCACUGUCACCUUUCAGCCUGAUCACCAGUCUGUCAACUAUUCUGACACACUUACCAUAGAGCUCAUGAAUAAGAGUAAAGUUUGUGUGGUGGAUCUGAGAGGUGCAGCUUCUUCACAUAACAUGUAUCUGUAUGGAGGAGACCUGCUCACGGUGCCCAUUGAAUCCCUCCUGCCUCCACUGAUAACGGGUCAACCUCUGCUCACAGCAGAGUCAGAGGUGAUGGAGAAGCCCAGCAUCCCUGUGCUGGUGACCCUGCGGGCCAGCUACAACGCGGGAGUCCUCACACCUGCAGUGAGGGAGCUGCAUGUGGGCUGCAUCCGCUCAGCACAGCCCAGUAAGAAGAGUGGUGAGUUUAACUGGGACGAUGUGGCGUCCCUGCAGCAGCAGGGCUUCAGUGUGGAGCCCAGCAAAGGCACUGUGGAGACAGGCCACAAACGCACCAUCACUAUCACAUGGACUCCUCAGAGUGGAUACAAAACCUAUGAGGUGGUGGAGACAUGUGCGCCUCUUACCUUGAAGGGGGAUGAGACGAAUGUUUACAGAGUCACCCUGAUGGCUUUGGUCUCCACCGCUGCUGACUGACCUCUACAGCACCUGGAUGCUGGCCAGUUUAAAAUCAACUCUCUCGCACACACACAAUCACACACACUGACACACACACACACACACACACACACACACACUGACACAAAGCACAAAGACAUGUGACAUACUGUACAUUAAAAAUGAAUUUCUUAUUUCUGAAGUGUAUCCAAUUAUUUACAGUCAAAAUAAUUAAUUAUCUGCAAUUAUUCUGCAGUGACUGUACAGCUGUCAUACAGGUUGUGUUUUGUUAUGCAGCACCUGACUGUAGAACCCAGCUCCACCACCAGGGGGCGUAUGUAAUGCCAACUAAACAGCAGCGUUAUAUCAUGGGUGUGUCAGCUGAUGUAAGCCAGCAGAUGUAUACAGUACAUACUGUAACACUGCUGGUACUAUACCAAUGAAUUGAAAGAAGGCAGAGUUCAUACUGAGGCCAAACACGGUGCAGUGUAUGAAACAUGAUACAGAAUUAGCAGAUAUCAAUAUAGAUACAUAAUGUUGAACAGUAGUUUGGUAUAAAAGCCUCUGAAAUUACAGCCUAUUGAUGAGACGUCGACUGACAUAUUAUGGUAUAAAUAGCGGUAUUUAGUGCUGUAAGCUUAAUUGCUGUAAUAGUAAUAGUGGUAGUGUCAAUAAAAGCUGUAUUAAUCUUUGUACUCAGCUGACUAUAGAUCUAUAGAUUAGCCAUUGGCAGCUUCAAUUCAGAGAUAUUAGGCCCAGUGUCACCUCGCACAAACCCAUAAAUGAUCGCUUUAAAUAUGGUACCAAAAAAAUGUAGGAUUCAAUAUAUUUUUCCAGUCUGGAACUCAUUUUUCCAGUUAUUCUGAUACCACAUGAAUGCAGCAGCUGCCCUAUCUUACAAUGUUAACAAAAGUGAAAAAGAAUUAGCGUAUCCGCCCCCCUGAUUCAUUGCCAGCAGUUUUCCCGUAAUCCUGCUGACUAACAGAGCAAAUUGAAAGCAUGACACUCCUUGACAGAGGUAAUAAUCUGCACAAAUGGUGAAAACAUACCUGCACACUGCUUUUGCUUUUUUUCUAAAUGGACAUAACAAAGUUUCGAUCACUAAAAGUCACAAACACAAAACAUACAAUAUUAUAAAUUCCUUUAUAACAUCUUUCUGGACGGCUUACUCAUUAAUAUUUGUUGUCCAAAACAGGAAUUAUAUGAAUUUUAGUCAAAGGAGAAAUGUGUUGUAUACCUGACACUCUUUGACAUGGGUACCUCAUUUUUGCACAUUAACAAAAAGAAGACAAUGAAAUUAGGGGUUUAAAGAUUUUGUUU